CGUGGAUGCGGCCGGGAUCUCCCGCCCCAGCCGCCCCCCCGGAGCUGGAGCUGCUCCCGGACAAGAUAUGAGACAUGAGUGUUGGACGUCGAAGAAUAAAGUUGUUGGGUAUCCUGAUGAUGGCAAAUGUUUUCAUUUAUUUGAUUGUGGAAGUCUCCAAAAGCAGUAGCCAAGAAAAAAAUGGAAAGGGGGAAGUAAUCAUACCCAAAGAAAAGUUCUGGAAGACAUCUAGCCCUCCCCAGGCAUACUGGAACAGAGAACAAGAGAAGUUGAACAGGCAGUACAAUCCCAUUUUGAGCAUGUUGGCCAACCAGACGGGAGAUAUCUAUGGGCCCUCAAAUAUAAGCCAUCUGAAUUUUUGUGAGCCUGACCUGAGGGUCACAUCAGUUGUGACAGAUUUUAACCAGUUGCCAGACAGAUUUAAAGACUUUCUUCUGUACUUGAGAUGUCGAAAUUACUCACUGCUCAUAGACCAACCAAAUAAAUGCGCAAAGAAACCCUUCUUAUUGCUGGCAAUUAAGUCCCUCACUCCACACUUCGCCAGGAGGCAAGCAAUUCGGGAAUCCUGGGGCAGAGAAAUGAAUGUGGGGAACCAGACAGUGGUGAGAGUCUUCUUGCUGGGCCAGACCCCUCCUGAGGACAACCACCCUGACCUUUCAGAUAUGCUGAAAUUUGAGAGUGAGAAGCACCAAGACAUUCUUAUGUGGAACUACAGAGACACUUUCUUUAACUUGUCUCUGAAAGAAGUGCUGUUUCUCAGGUGGGUGAAUACUUCCUGCCCAGACACCGAGUUCGUUUUCAAGGGUGAUGACGAUGUUUUUGUGAAUACCCAUCACAUCCUGAAUUACUUGAAUAGCAUACCCAAGAACAAAGCCAAAGAUUUGUUUAUAGGUGAUGUGAUCCACAAUGCUGGACCUCAUCGGGAUAAGAAACUGAAGUACUACAUCCCAGAAGUUGUUUACUCUGGGGUCUACCCACCUUAUGCUGGGGGCGGUGGCUUCCUCUAUUCUGGCCGCCUGGCCCUGAGGUUGUACAAUAUAACUGACCGGGUCCAUCUCUACCCCAUCGAUGAUGUCUAUACUGGAAUGUGCCUUCAGAAACUGGGCCUCGUUCCAGAGAAACACAAAGGCUUCAGGACAUUUGAUAUUGAAGAGAAAAACAAGAAUAACAUUUGUUCCUAUGUAGAUCUGAUGUUAGUACAUAGUAGAAAACCUCAAGAGAUGAUUGAUAUUUGGUCUCGUUUGCAAAGUGCUAAUUUAAAAUGCUAAACUGCAUACAAGCUCAAUUUUGCAUAGAAAGGCAUACAUUGACUAGUUCUCAUGUUGUGUUUUCACAUUAGGGUAAUUUCUCUGAUAAACCAUCAGAAUUGCCUUCAUAAGUAGUAUCCAUGUGAGGGCCUUUGAGCUCUUCAGUUUGGUACUGUUGUGACAAGGGAAAGCUGAUGAUGAUGUAUUUAUGGAGGAUAUAGCAGGACCGUUGGUUCUGAUCCUUCCCACUGCCUAGUGAUCACUAUUUUCUUCUUUGUUCCCCUUCUCAUCUGAAAUAAUGUUUCUAAAAUUUGGAUGUUUAAAUUUUUUUUUGCCCUUUUACAUAAUACUCCUACUUCCAUUAUUACAACUAAUUUAUCUGUAACACAAGUGUUGGUGUACCUAUUGGCAACUAAGAUUACAUUAUACAAGACUCUGGUUUUUGUAAAAUGGAGCUGCAUUUAUUUCCAUGGUAUUUGGAUGAAUUUUUAAAAAUUGUCUAGAAAAUGAACUUCUCUCAAAAAUUUCCUGCCACCCAACAGUAUUCUCUUGUGUUAAUUUUGCAAGAUGAAAAUGACCAUGUAUCACAUCCAGUGUGUUUUGUUGUGGCUGUAUGGUCAUGAUGAGAAGCAAGGUGGUUUAAUUUUUCUUGUGUUUCAUUUGCUGGGUGGUAUGAUCAUAGUUAUCUAAUUGUAGUAUUUUGAAAAUUGUCAGUAUGGUUCUAUGAUGGCCAACUGAAGAUUGAACUGCCCCUGACAAAUACAUGGGUUAAUGACUUUUCAAUGUGGACCAGGAAAGCACUUGUGACUUUUGAACUUGUGGUGAAAAAUAGAAGUUGCAGAUCUUAAGUGGUUUGUCAUAUGAAAACUCCAGGAUUCUAUUCUUGCCAUAUUUUCAACAUUGUUGCUUAUAUAUAAAAUCUGAGUAGUGAUUGCUUCCCUGUCUCAGUGUAGAAGUGCCUGUGUUUUUAUUUAUUGUUCAGAUCGAAGACCAAAACAUUUUCUGAAAUAUAUUUUAUGUAAUAUUUUAUUUGUACACAGUGUUGUUGAUGAAAUAUUUAACUAGAGCAUGAUAUUUUAAAUGUUAUGGUAUAACAUGUUAAAUAAAGCUGUUAUUUUUUGAAUUAAAAAAUUUGUUUUGGGGGGAUAUGAACUACUAGAGUUGAUAAAAUUCUGCCAAACUAUUGCUUAUAUGUACUCUCUCAUAACCUGCUUUCAUAAAAUAUUUUUGUGUUUUUAGAGAUGAGGAGCCUUAUCAGAUGUGAAUCUGGGAAUUGUAUAAAAGUGGAAAUAAAGUCACUGUAUUUUUAA